GUGUUUUGGGCGUGGCCUCUGCGUGUGUGUAAGAAAACAGCGAUUGUCCCAGCAGCCGCAGCCGGUGGGGACAGUGUGUGAGUGUGGGGAGGCGAUCGCUGGCCCUGGGGGAAAGAUGUGCAAUGUACAGCAGGCAGACGUGGCCCUCAGGCCGGGCCCCUCGGUGUGCAGGAGCCUGUUUGGACCGGUGGAUCAUGCCGAGCUGAGCCGGGAGCUGCACAGCAGGCUGCGGGAGAUGGAGGAGGAGAGCAACCGCAGGUGGGACUUUGACUUCCAGAGGGGGGUGCCCCUGUCCAGCAGCCGCUAUGUCUGGGAGGAGAGCAGGGAGGACACGGUGCCAGCCUUCUACAGGGCACCCCCGAGGCUGAGGGCAACCAUCAGCACCCCAGAGUCAACUGAUGACACCCAGACUGCCAACAACAGUACCCCAAUGCCAGCCAUAGGUGCCAGCCUGCCCCCACUGCCCAACCUUGCUCCAGCAACAGCCCCCAGCCUGCCCCCAAUGCCAGCAGCAUUGACCAGCCUGCCCCUAAUGCCAGCCAAUGGUGCCCGGCUGCCCCCAGCAACAGCACCCAGCCUGCCAGCACUGAACUGA